UUUGCACUGAUGUGGAUUUGAAGUGGUGCAAUUCCCGUGCGCUGCCACUAGGAGCGCUGUGUAGAAGCUGUAGCGGGGUUGAUCACACGGCGUCCAGCGGGACCGCUUUGAGCCCACGAGCCGAGCUGCGGUCCAUGGCGCUGGGUUUCGGACCUCGGAGCGUCGUCCUCACGGGAGCCAAUCGCGGGAUCGGCUUGGAGCUGGUUCGGCAGCUUUUGGGCGCCGCGGAGCCGCCGCAAUGGAUCUUUGCCUGCAGCCGGGAGCCCGACGGGGAGCGAGGAAAGGAGUUAAGGAAACUGGCUUCCAGUCACCCAAAUGUUAUAAUAGUGAAACUGGAUGCUACAAAUCCUGUGACCAUUAAGGAAGCUGCCACUUGCAUUGAGGGGCACCUCAAAGGGGCAGGGCUGAAUGUGCUCAUAAACAAUGCUGGCAUUUUCACAGACAAGGAACUGGAAACCUUGGAUCCUGAAGACAUGCUGAAUGCCUACAAGACCAAUGUGGUUGGGCCAUUGUUAGUGAGCCAGGCUUUUCUGCCACUGUUAAAGAAGGCAGCCAAGGAAAGCGCACAGGAUGGACUCAGUUGCAGGAAAGCAGCCAUCAUCAACAUUUCUUCUGUCUUAGGCUCCAUUGAGUCAGUCCCACUAAACUACAGCAAGCCUGCAGUCCCCUACCGCUGCAGCAAGGCUGCUCUAAAUAUGCUUACAAAGUGCCUCUCUUUGAGCCUCAAAGAAGAUAGGGUUCUGUGCACCGCAGUUCAUCCUGGCUGGGUGAAGACAGACAUGGGAACCCAAGAGGCCGACUUGAGUGUAGACGAGAGCGUGCGGGGGAUUAUCGGUGUGCUUUCCAAGCUUGGUGACACACACAAUGGCGUUCUUGUGAACUGGAAAGGAAACAAUGUUCCUUGGUGAAGGUGUGACACAAGCCGCACAGUCAAAGUGACAAUCGAUGACAUAACCUCUUUCUUUGGCAGAUGCCAUGCGAUGCUCAGGAGCCAAAAAGCACUGUAACUCCAAUCAUUUGUGUGUGUUUCGCACACAACUAAUAAACUCUCACUUUCAGGAAAUGUUUGUGGCUUGUCAAAUGUUCAUGCCUUGCAGAUGAGAGUGUAAGCAGGAGUAGGCACUGUUGUGAGUUAGCCACUAAGCUGAAUAAAAGCCCACAUCUUCUCCUUCGAACUGGAAUAUAUGGCAGUAUGGACUCAGAUAAGUUCAAAGCAGAUAUUGUGGGAUUUUCUCUCUUGAUAUUCUGGGUUAUAUGACUGUGUGGAAGGAACCUAAGAAGACCCUGGAGAAGGCCUUAUUCUUCUUUAUUGUACACUCUUGGAAAAUAAAUCAUUUUUAACCCCCUGUCUCCAAA